AUGGCGAGAACCAAACACUUAGUCAAACGAAGUCGCACCAAACCUUCUGUUGAAGCUGGACCUUCAACGACUCCAUCGACGCCUACAAGAAAAAGUACAAGGACUACGCCGACAACUUCAGUGCAGAAGUCAAAACAGGAGAAGCGUUACAAGCCAGGGACAGUGGCGCUUCGAGAAAUCAGGCACUUUCAGAAGACGUGGAAUCUUGUUAUUCCAGUUGCUCCUUUAUUCAGAAAUGUUAGAGAAGUUAGUCACUUUUUUGCACCUAAGGUAACUCGUUGGCAAGCUAAGGUGUUAAUUGUUAUUCAAGAGGUUACUGAAGAUUUUUUAGUUCAUUUGUUUCAAGAUGCAAUGCUAUGUGCUAUUCAUGCAAAGCGUGUUAUGCUUAUGAAUUAA